AUGGGAUCCACCAACAUGUCAUAUUUGAACCCAAAGACAGUGACCCUGAUUGGGAUUCCUGGACUAGAACAUGUGCAAUUUUGGAUUGGGUUUCCCUUCUUUGGCGUGUGCCUGGUGGCCCUGCUGGGCAACGUCUUUUUGCUAAUCAUUAUCUCUACAGAACACAGUCUACACAAACCCAUGUACAUCUUUCUGGCAGUAUUGGCAGCCACUGACCUAGGUCUCUGUGUAGCCAUUGCUCCUAAGAUGUUGGCCAUCUUCUGGUUUGAUUCUUGUUCCAUGGCCUUCGAUGCCUGCCUCACCCAACUCUUCUUCAUUCAUGCCUUGCAGGGUAUGGAAUCUGGCAUCCUGUUGGCGAUGGCCUUUGAUCACUAUGUGGCCAUCUGUGAUCCACUGAGACACACAUCCAUCCUCACACCUUUCUUUCUAUUUCGGGUGGUGCUGAUGGUGGCAAUCCACGCAACAAUGCUUGUUGGAAUUCUACCCAUUCUACUUAAACGGCUGCAACUUUUCCACUCUGUGGUUAUUGUCCAUUCCUACUGUGAACACAUGGCUGUAGUCAAGCUGGCUGCAGAAGAUGUGCGUAUUAACAAAUCAUUUGGGCCCUUUGUGGCUUUUGCAAUUCUAGGUUUUGACAUGAUAUUUGUCUUCAUCUCCUACAUUCUGAUUUUUCAGACUGUUUUUCGUCUUCCCCAAAAAGAGGCACAAAUCAAAGCAUUUAGCACUUGUACAGCUCAUAUUAUUGUCUUUCUGGAGUUCUAUAUCCUCACUUUUUUUUCCUUCUUCAGCCAUCGUUUUGGUCACGUAUCAGCCUAUGCCCACAUUCUCUUGUCUACCAUCUAUCUGCUUGUGCCCCUGCCCUUAACCCCAUUGUCUAUGGAAUGA